AUGCUUUCUUUAUAUGUUAAGAGAAUUUUCGUAACGGGGGUUCCGACUACAAUUAUUUUCCUUGGAGUGUGGUUUAUUCGUUCUCUUUUAUUAAAUCCACCAGGCAUUCCAAGUCCUCCGAUUACUUCACAUGAAGAAAAUGAUGGAUUUUUUACCCGCCAUGUACGUCGUUUCUUCAUGCAGCAUUUCUAUGUUCUUCAUAAAGAUGAAUCCAUGUUCCGUCUUUUACAAUGGACACGGUUUUUCCAUCAUCAUCCCUUUCUCAUGCGUAUCUUCUUCCGUCCUCAUAUCAUUAUUUCAAAAUCAGAAGAUCUUGAAGAAGUUCUACUUCGACAGGAAGCCAACUUUUGUAAACAUACGGGUUAUAUUCUUUUACGUGCCGUUAUUGGUGAUGGAUUAUUAGCAAUGAUGGAUAAGGAAAAGCACAGAGUUCAUCGUCGUAUCUUGCAGUCUGUUUUUAGUUCUUCAAAUAUCAGAGGAAUUGCUAAUGAAGUGAUGCGAGUGCAUGUCCUUCGUCAACUGAAUAUUUUUCUUAAACUCCUCAUUUGCGCUGGUGAUGGUAUUGUGACUAUUAACAUUUCUGAACAUAUGCAUCGAAUGACACUUGGUAUUGUAAGUGAAGCGGCAUUUCGUGCAUCUGUGGAAGAUUCUGUUGUGGUGCUUGAGGCAUUUUCUAUCAUGACAAAAUUUAAUCGGCUUAAUUAUCUUUGCCCGUAUUACCGAACUCCUUCACAAAAGGAAGCUGAGAAAAUAUUAAUAGAGAUUAGUAAUGCACUCAUACAAAAUAAUGAGGAAGAUGAUAAUAGCUCUAAAAGACGAGUGGUAUUAGAUGCACUUAUUGAAGAAUUAAAUAUUCAUUUUGACAGAAAAGAUGUGGUACAUCAUCUAGUUACAUUUCUUUUUGCAGGACAUGAUACAACAAGCAAUACAUUAAAUUUUCUCUUUGCUCUUCUUGCACGUAAUGAGAAAGUUCAGAAUCGUCUUUAUGAUGAAUUGGAAAUGAUUAUGCCUGCAACCUGUUCUUGCCCAACGAUUGAAGAACUUUUAUCAUGUGAAUAUCUUGUUGCUGUGGUGCGGGAGGCUAUGCGUCUCUUUCCCAGUGCCCCGCUUAUUUACCGUGAUGCUCUGCAAGAUGUUUAUCUCCCAUCCUCAGAUGUGGUGAUUCCAAAAGGAUCUGUUUGCGUACUUAACAUAUUCGCUGUUCAUCGCUCUAUUACAAUCUACGGCGAUGAUGCCGAUGAAUUCCAUCCAGAACGAUGGUUGCAAGGUGAAGGACAGGAACUCCGCAGUCGUUGUGGGAACUGUGGGUAUAUGCCAUUUAGUGUAGGUAACCGCAAUUGCAUUGGUAAAGAGUAUGGAUAUUAUGAAGUACUGAUCGCAACAGCGGUGUUUAUACGACAUUUACGUGUGGAGUCUGUAGGUGCCUUUCCACGCACGCAGUUUUCAUUCACUAUGUCUUCGCCAGAUCCUUGUCGUGUACGACUCAUACGCCGUCCGGAUGUAUCAACAGAUGCUAUGAUGAAGAGUGUACGGAUUCUACAAGAGUAUGAAACAGCAAUACAAUUCCCCACAAGAUGUGAAGCUGUAAUGGUGUAA